UUGAUUCCAGCUAAAUCAAAAUGGCGUUUCAAUAACCCUCUGUUCUGCUUUGCUUCAUGACUGCUGUAUUCCGUAAUUUUCAGUAAAUAUCUUGUAUAGUUGUGCUAUAAUUAUGGCAGACGCAGUGCAAAUACUACGACGUAAUCGUCCUGGUUCUAAAGCCAAGGACUUCUGCCGUUGGCCAGACGAACCUUUCGAAGAAAUGGAUAGUACAUUGGCUGUGCAGCAAUUUAUACAGCAAACUAUUCGACGAGAUCCUUCUAAUCUUGAAGCUAUAUUGAAAAUGCCUGAUGCACAGGAUGAAGGUGUCUGGAAAUAUGAGCAUUUGAGGCAAUUCUGCAUGGAACUAAAUGGUUUGGCAGUGAGAUUGCAAAGUGAAUGCAAACCUGAGAAUUGUACACAGAUGACUGCAACAGAACAGUGGAUAUUUUUAUGUGCAGCACAUAAGACUCCCAAGGAAUGUCCUGCAAUUGACUACACUCGGCACACCCUGGAUGGUGCUGCUUGCCUUCUUAACAGCAACAAGUACUUCCCAAGCAGGGUAAGCAUCAAAGAAUCUUCUGUGGCCAAACUGGGAUCUGUUUGUAGAAGAGUAUACAGAAUCUUCUCUCAUGCAUACUUCCAUCACAGAGCAAUAUUUGAUGCCUUUGAAAAAGAAACUCACUUAUGCAAAAGGUUUACUUACUUUGUCACAAAAUACUCUAUUAUAUCAAAGGAGAUCUUAAUAUUGCCCAAACUCGAUGAUGAGACACCCAUUGCCCCACCAGUGGGUGAAUCUGAAGCCUGAGAUUUGAAGAAAUGAUUGAAAAAGAAACAAUGCAAUAGCAUUUGUCUAUUGUAGCAUUUAUCUCUUGUAAUCAUUAGAUUUAACUUGAUUUAAAGUAUUAUUUAUCUCAGAAAAAAAUCUCUGGAUAUUGACAGAACUGUAAUUGUGAAUAUGUUUAUAAAUUUAAUAAGUUGAAGCUGCAAAAGGCUCUCUAUUACAGUUCUAGCCUUAGGAGGUGAAUUGACAACAGGUAGAACAGUAAUAGAGGGGUAACCCAGGUCUAGGGUAAAAAUAUAAAUGCUUAUUAUGAAAAUAGAAGCCAGUCUACAAUGAUUAAAAACAAUCCUUAUUUCUUUUAGACUAAUUUCCAAUUCUUAAUUUAAAAUUCACUGAUCAGGUAACAAAUAUUUGUAUUUAUUUUGGACAAGUUUCUAUUUCAUAAUCUACAUUAACCUGAGCACCACAAUUAUGGAUCUCCUAACCCUAUAGACCCUAUACAAUUGUAUCUUCUGUAUUACACAGCUUCUGGUGUAUAAAUACAAUGUUUGUAUUGUGUACAUAUGGUUUUAUUGUAAUUUCUCUGACUUACACUUAGAUAAAAUAUGAAA